AAGGUACUAGUUUGAAUUUCUCUUUGCAGAGAAGUUCUUUUGUUUCUGUGGAGAUGUAAGUGCGCACACAAUGGAUUUAUAGCACAGGAAAAGGAAAGAAGAAAAAGGAGACCUCAGUUUUUAACUUAUCACAGAGGUAUGUGCAGACCACAUGGCCGCAGAAAGCCAUGGUGACUCUUAUAGACUACCCAGCUCCUAUGGAGCUGUUUUCAAAAGCUGGAGAGCUGAGAAUGCCAUUUUCUGAUGUGGUCAAAUACUGCAUUCUGGGUAUCUCCAUCAUUCUCCUACUGCUGGCUCUGGGCAUCUUAGCCUGGCAGAUCUACAGAUUCUGCACAGAGAAAUACACUACAUACACCCAGCAAGAUGCAGGGCAUAAUGAUUUGCUGUAUUCAGACGAAGGGCCAACGACAACAGGAAACUACUCAGGAGCUCCAAGUACCAAACUGGAGGAUGUCAGCACAGAGGCCCACAGACUGAGUCGCUACCUGUCUCAGCCCUCGUUUCCCUCCUUAGCAUCCACCGAGGCAGCUGGAGACAAAGAAGAGCAGGCAACUAUUCAAAAGGUGGAUGGAUCAUUACGAUUCUCCGUCUACUAUGAUCAGAUGCAGUCACGUCUGGUGGUCACCGUGCUGCAGGUGGAGGGGCUUUUGGAACAGAGUGAGAGCCGAACCCUCCAACCAUUUGUUAAAAUACUGCUCAUGUGGGCUGGAUCAGAGGCUGUAGAAGUCGAGGGCUUUAAAGAUGAAGAGGGGGAAGGCUUGUCGCCUGUUCUGUGGACAGUACUGCAGGAGUGGCGUACUCGCAUUGUGAAAGGCAGCUGUAACCCUUUAUUUGGAGACCAGUUCAGCUGUGUUUUACAAGAGGAAAAGCUUCAUCAUAUCAACCUAAGGAUGGAGGUACGAGACUUUGAUAAAUUCUCCAGAAACACAGUGUUAGGAGAUGUGAGGGUUCCUUUAGGACAGCUCAACAUCUCCUACCCUCUGGAACUACAGGAGGAUCUAAAGAUACCCCAGAAGGAUCUUGUUGGAGAGGUGCUUUUGUCCCUGAAAUUUCUUCCCACGUCUCAGAGGCUGGAGGUUGGCCUGCUAAAGGUCAAAACUGUCCUUUCUGAGAUAUCCCCAAAUGCAGCCCUGUAUGCCAGGAUCAGCGUCCAGUGCAAUCAGUUCAAGCUAAAGUACCAGAAAAGCUCUACAGUGGCUCGGUGCCUGGUGACUGUUUUCAAUGAGGUCCUCUUGUUCUCCCUGCCAGAGGUUCAUCUGGAGCGGUGUAAAAUUUUGGUCUCUAUAUAUGAAACUCGCCCAACAAGCAAAUCAGCCAAACAGCUGAUCGGACAGCUGAGUGUGGGGAAGGAGAAGAGUUCAGAAGAUGAGCACUGGACUUUGAUGAUGCGCUCAGUACGUCAGCCAGUAGCAAAGUGGCAUGGCCUACUGAUCUGAAACACAGCAGAACCACCGCUAUCAUCAUGGAGUGUUGUAUUUGUAUGUUUUUACCCUGAAAGCAUGUGUAUCAGACUGUUCAGGCAUCUGCACUUGCUGAGGUAAAGACCAGACAUGCUUGUCCUCCUGAUCUCACAGUGACACAAAACUUUAUUACUCUCCGUACUUACUGCUACUCAACGGUAAACAUGAUGUUUGUAACAAUGCUCCACUUUCUCAAUGCCACACUAACAUUACUCUCAUUACUCAGUUUAUGAGAGGCAUUAUUGACGAACUGUUGGUUCAAAUGUUUAUUUUGGUUGCUAAAGCAGAAACUGUACUUGUUGCUAUCUACAUGUAAUUAGCGUGUACCUAGAUCAGUACGAGAGGACUCGAAAAAAUAAUGAAUGCCACAGUUAUGAUGAUUAGUUGCUUUUUUUUUAUUUUUUAUACAAUGUGUAUCUUUUAAUCCACAAUUUAUUCUAUGAAAUGUAAUAUAUGAGACAUUAACUUCACAAGAUAGAAUGCAGUUGUUUAAAACUUCCCAUGAAUCCUUAAUAAAUUCCAUCAUUUGGUAACGGUCACAAUAAUGUUAUUGGAGUAUUAAGCCAUGAUUAACGUGAUAUCAUUUUUAGCAGAAUGGCAGUGCUGCGAUAAAAGAGUGUUCUGCAUAUCACUCUUUUUGUAUGAAGGGUCCAGCACAACUGAAUAAUUUAAAUAAUAAGUGCUUAAAAGCACUAAAAUUACAAGUAUGUUGACUUUUUCUCCUGAUAAUCAACAUGUCCUCACCCUGCUCUGUGGCUAGAGUGCACCAUUUUGUGCGCAUGUGUGAUAAAUUGAACACAAGCGGGCGACUGUGUGCGAAGACAAAGUGUGAGAAAUACUAAUUACAUUUACAGUUACAAUUUAAGUAUGAAAUAAAAACAUACAUUAAUGAAAAGUUUACAAAAUAGCAAAAUAAAGUGACUGGACAGAACAAAAUUAAAGUAAUUACCGCAAAUUUUAAAAAGAAUUAAAAAGUAUAGAAUAUGUACCUUUGAAAUAAGGUGAUUAAGUGGAAGUGACAAAGCCACACGUGGAAUAUCAGAACCAUCAUAAUUUCUUUGAAUUUUCCAGUUGACUAAUCCCAAUAAUUGAAGUUAUCAAAAAUGAAGAAAUAAAAAAAAAACAAAAAAAAACAACAACUUUGAAUACAUGUUUUAAAAGACUUGCUUCUGCUUUUAAGUCUCCUUUUUUAGGCUGUCAGGCAGGAUGCUUUAUCACCCAAUCCAUUAAUGAGAAAAGAAAAAGAAGCCAGAAAUGAGCUGAGCAUGAUUGGACAAAGGUUUAGGAAACCAGGGAGAAUAUCCACACAGCAAAGAGCAAAAACCCAUGGUCAGGUGAGUAAUAUACAGGUACAGUGUUGUAUUGCUUUUAUUUUAGCUAUGCCAGUCUCAUUCAGCUAGCAUGUGCUUCACGAACAGCAACGAUUAGUUUUGAAUCCUCAUUAUGAUUGUUAUGCAGAAAGCCAGGCUCUUUUUAAAAUGUGAUCCAAUGAGUAAAAUAAGCUCUUUGUUAAACAUUCUUCUCAAACUCGGUGUGUCACUUUUUUUCACUGCACACAUUCUGUAGCUGAAUUUGAAACGGAUUAUGUGGGGUAUGUUUUUCAAGCUAGAGCACUGGAUUACAAAGAAAGCUUAAAAUACACAAGAAUGCAUUUUGAAUGAAGUUAUUAAUGUUACCUAUUUAUUUAUGUUCAUGUUGAUUCUUUAAGUGCAGGUUAUUGUGAUUGUUUUUUCCCUCCCAAACCACUGUCUCUAACUUCUUAUCUACAUUCACGAGUCCCUCUGGAGUAUCUUCGCUCUGAGUUGUUUGUGCUCAAAGUCCUAAGAUGUUAAUUGAGAUAUACUUCUAUGUAUUCAUGCCUAAAUUAAUAACUGAAUGCAGGAUACCUCAGUAAAGAUUCAUUAG